GUGACCGAUCUAAAUGUCCAAGAAGGGGUGAUUUUUACAACCUCUACACCGAGUUUUGUAAAUCACAUUUUGGAGCAAAAAAUGGAGAAGCUAUGCUGGCUGCUCUAGAUGAAAAGCUUCCAAAGCUUAUGGAGUCAUACCCAGAAAUGUCGAUGAAAAAGCAAGACUAUGAUGAAGAAAAAAAUGCUCCAUUCAUUCUUGCCAUUGUUACUCCUUUAAUGAAAAGGGUGCACUUAAUGGUAAGCCUCGUUCAGAUGGAGUAACAUUGUAACAAAAUGCACAAGUGGUAUAAUACUAAUUUGUGCUGUUACAGCAAUGAAACUCGUGUAAUUUGGGAUCCCCCCCCCCCCUAGCAGGAACGUUUGUUCAGAUAAUAUUUGUUUUUGAUGGAGCCAGUUGAUGUAAUAUAAUCAUUAUAAUGUACUUAGGAUUGGUAGCCACACUCUUUAAAAAUUAGUAUACCAAAAACAAAAUUACUUUAAUUAACAAACUUUUUUUAUUGGGGCGGGGGGCUGCUGUCUGUAUAAUAGUAGAAAGAAAAAAACAAUGUCAUUAUGACAGCCAAAAUUAAUGUUUAUCAUUAUGGUUUUAUUUAGAUGAAGCAGUCAUCUGAGCUUGCGUUCAUCGACUCGUCCUCAAACAUGGAAGAGCUGAAUUUGCGAGUGUUUCUAGUUUGCACUCAUUCUGUUGCUGGUGCCCUGCCACUUGGAAUCCUAAUCGUGAGUGAUGAAAGAACAGCAACCCUUGUAGAAGGUUUCACGCUUUUAAAGAACUGUAUGGGUGAAAAUGCAUUCAUUGGUCGCCAAAGCCUUGGGCCCAUGGUGAUAAUAACUGCUCCGAGUUGA